AUGGCUGGAUACUUCCCUGUUACACCUGCCCAAGGACCUUUCAGCUUUUGGGAUCUAUACGACUCUGUCACCGACAGCAGUCAGGGUCGUCUUCUUGGAGAAGCAGAUACGUACGGAAACUGGCCUGUGUUCGAAGAUCCCCUCAUCAACCCUCCGGUUGGUGAUGGCUUCUUUCCUCAAAUGCUUCCGGAGCUCGACCCCUUACUGGCGCAGCCUUCCUACCCUACCGCAGGACUUGGUCAGGCCUUUCAACACAUCGCUCCCGCUCCCACUCCCACCCGAGAUGCUGUUGUUCAGCCAAACAUCAUCGCACCACCGUCACGUGUGCAUGCCGCUGCUCGUCGCCGCACGGUUGAACCGCGCUUCCAGUGCAACAUUGAUGGCUGCACCAAGGCAUACCGCCGUGUUGGCGAUUGCCGCCGCCACAUGCGUAAGCACCAAGCCCCUAACCUCAGAUGCGUUGUCGAAGGCUGCAGCAUGAAGUUUGACCGCAUGGACAAACUUCGUGAUCACGUCCGACAAGGCCACAAGAUGAACUUGUAA